AUGCCUGCUUAUCAAGACAGCCACUCAAAGAAAAUACACUGGAGAUUCUCACAGAUACUGCUCAUCGCCGUCCUCUAUGCAACAGGAAUAGCAUGCGUCUUCAUAAGCAUUCAGCCACUAUUGGAAAUGGACUUCGAACCUAAAAACUUCAUAGGCAUUUUCAUUGCCUUCCUCCAUGGCUCAUACAUGCUUGGAUUUAUGUCAAUACACAAGAAAAGCCAAUUCGUAUUCUGGGCCGCCAGUUACUCCCUCCUGUGCAUAACAACAAUCCUUCUGUACUACUACAACAGCCUAUUCCUACAGUCCCCGACAGCAUGA